GUAGUUUAUAGGUCAAUACGCAAACAAUAAGAAUAUAUAAUAUUCAAAAAGACUUUCCAUAUUAUACACUUUUAAGGAAACAUUCUGAAACGUGAAAUUUUAGGUUGAAAUCUUUGGGAAGGACGGGGACUGGGCUGCUCAGGUGUGUCCUACCUGCUCCUUCAGAUCUUGUGAAAUAAUCCGGGAGAGAAAAGUAGAUUUACCUGUAGCCCGGGUUCUGGCAUCUCUCUCACUCGCUCUCUGUCUUCUGUUACCUGCACCGACUUGAAAGUCCAGUUUCACAAGGAAGAACCGCGAAGGAAGAGAAAUAUGUCACAGGAGACAGACAGUAAGAGGCUGGUGGUAGUGGUGCCCAAUGAGCCAUCCUUCCACCCACGUCGGGCCUACACCAGCGAGGAUGAGGCAUGGAGGUCUUACCUGGAAAACCCUCUCACUGCAGCCACAAAGGCCAUGAUGAGCAUCAAUGGAGAUGAAGACAGUGCUGCCGCUCUAGGGCUCCUCUAUGAGUACUACAAGGUACCCAAAGACAAGAGAGUAUUACCCCUCAGCAAAAGUGUUGAAAUUUCAGAAGAACAGGAAAAGAGACACACGAUAGUAGGAAACAGCAGUCAGACGGAGCCAGAGACGGUUGAUAACCACGUGCAGGUCCUGAAAUCAGUGCCAGUUAAUCUGACAGUCAACAAUGAUCACCAGGAAACUAAACGGGAGCAGUACAGUGUGGGGUUGGGGGAGAGUGGGGCCGUUGCAGUGGUGAAAGCUGAGGUGUACUCCACCAGCUUCAUGGGUUCUGGGGUUCACUACAGGACCGAGGAUGAGGAACAAACGCGGGUCAUUUAUGAACAGGCCCACUCGUUCGACACCUCGGCAGUUUGUCAUAGUGGAUAUGGGAAGGAUGACCAUCGCAGUAGUCCAGAUAGCACAUAUGAAGAAGAAAGCAAUGAGAAGUACCACUCUUCAUCUCUUGGAGCUGAUGACAUUAUAUUUAACCAGUCAGAUGUAGACACCUUCCAGUACACACUAGAGGCCACCAGGUCUUUGCGGCAGAAACAGGGUGAGGGGCCUAUGACCUACCUAAACAAGGGCCAGUUCUACGCCAUUACACUGAAUGAGACAAGUGCCAAUAAACGCCUCCGGCAUCCCAUCAGCAAAGUGAGGAGUGUCAUCAUGGUUGUGUUCAGUGAAGAUAAAAACCGUGACGAGCAGCUCAAGUACUGGAAGUAUUGGCACUCUCGCCAGCACACGGCCAAGCAGAGGGUUCUGGACAUUGCUGACUACAAAGAAAGCUUCAACACAAUUGGGAAUAUUGAAGAAAUUGCCUACAAUGCUGUGUCCUUUACCUGGGACAUGAACGAGGAGGCCAAGAUCUUUAUCACGGUGAACUGUCUGAGCACAGAUUUCUCUUCUCAGAAGGGAGUGAAGGGUCUUCCACUCAUGAUUCAGAUCGACACCUACAGCUACAACAACCGCAGUAACAAACCCCUGCACAGAGCCUAUUGCCAGAUCAAGGUCUUCUGCGAUAAGGGAGCAGAGAGGAAGAUCAGAGAUGAGGAGAGGAAACAAAACCGCAAAAAGACAAAAGGAAAAGAAGGAGGUGUUGGGGCAGUUUCUGUCCCGAAAAAGUGUGAUGCUACCUUUAAAACAAUGACUGAUUUGGAUGCCCAACCGGUUCUGUUUAUACCAGAUGUGCACUUUGGGAACUUACAGAGGGCAGGCCAGGUAUUUGCAUUUAAUACAGAGGAAAUUGAGCGAGAGGGAAGUGUGCUGGUGAAGAGGAUGUUCCGCUCAUCUGAGGAAGACUUCUGCCCACCCCCUCACAAACAGAUGAGAGAGGACACACAGAAGAGAGGUCAAUUUCUCCUGUAUGUGAGGAAGGAGUCAGAUGAGGUGUUUGAUGCUCUGAUGCUGCGAAUGCCUACUCUCAGAGGACUGAUGGAUGCAAUUUCUGAGAAAUAUGGUGUGCCCAUCGAAAGGAUGGCCAAGAUUUACAAGAAGAGCAAGAAAGGGAUCCUGGUAAACAUGGAUGAUAAUAUCAUCGAGCACUACUCUAAUGAGGACACAUUUAUCCUGAGUAUCGAGAACUUCGCAGAUGCAUACAAAAUAACACUAACGGAAAUAUAAACAUUAUCGCAUGCAUUUCUAACAUUCAGUAUGCUGAAGCUAAAAGACUUGUUACUUGGACUCCAAGCAACAGUCUGGUCCAUCAUCGGCUGUUCACAAAUCGAAUUCAAAUGGCCAAAAGUUGACAUACCUCAUUUUUAAAACCUCAUGCAUGAUUGUUAAAUGGUCAAUAAGUUUCAGUUCGCCCAAAAAGUUUCCAAUGAGCAAUACAGUCCAGAAGUUAGAAGUUAUUUUUCAGUAUUGUGCUGUUGAUGGAAAUUAAUGCUAGUAGUUACAGAAUUUUGACUCAUUUUUACUUUUAAGGAUAAAAGUACAGCUAAUUCACAUUUCACUUAAUUUCUGAACUGUACCAUCCAAAGGAUUUCACCGGAGUGGAAGAAAAAGAACAUAAAAAUAUCAUUGCAAUAAUGUGUGUUAUAGAUAUGGUGUUUUCCAUUGGAAUUAAAAUGCUGAAAUACAUUUGCAUGCAGCACAAAUAUGAAUUUGAGGCAUUGUUACCUCCAGAGCUUGAUCUGUGAAAAGUGUCCAAUACUGUAAAUGUGUUUUUUUUUAUUUGUUUAUUAUUAUUAUCAUUAAUAUUAAUGUUAUUUUUAACUUGGUAGAUAUCCUUUAGGUUUUAACUGUCUGAAAAUUCAUAUACUCUGAUGUACAAAGAAAGCUAUUUUUAUGAGACUUUAUGAUGUGUGCCAUUUCAAGUUUUUAUGUUUAAAAGUGCAAAGGAGGAAAUGUGUAUGAAUAUUGUUGAACUGUAGAGUACCUCGAUAUCAGAAAAUACAUAAAAUUACACCGCCACAAUACAGUCGGUGUAGCUCAGAUCCAUUUCAGCCAUGUUGUGUGUAUUGCACUCAUAUUCUUAAUGUGAAAUAUUUUUUUUAAAGAUCCAUUGGUUUCAAAUGUAAGUGCAGUUUGUGAUUUCACAAAUUUCACAUCACCAGCCAAGGUCAUUCACUUUUGCAACAAGGGGUGAGUGCCUCUCACACUCACAGUAAUUUUACUAAUAACUAUGCAGUCUUACAACCCAGUUCAUUUCUAGUUUAUAUGUAUAGUAUAACAGGUGAUAGGGUAACACUUUACAAUAAGGUUCCACUCAAGUCAAAUCAAUUUUUACAGCAUUUAUUAAUCUUUGUUAAUAUUAGUUAAUAAAAAUGCAAUUGUUCAUUGUUAGUUCAUGCAUCAACUAUAAUGUUAACAUAUAGUAAUACAUUUUUAAAAGUUGUAUAUAUUGAAAUUAACAUUAACCAAGAUUAAUAAAUGCUAUAAAAGUGUUGUUCAUUGUUAGUUCAUGUUAACUAAUGUAUCCAUUAACAAAUGGAACUUUAUUGUAAAGUGUUAACAGUGGUUGUUAAUGUUGUCAAGCAAAGUUACUCUUUGUGUUGUAAUAUUUGUCUUCCAUGAGAAAAUACAUAAAGGGCACUUCGGAAAACAAAAUGUAAUUUGUAUGUAAUUAAAGUUUGCAUUUUU